UAGAUAGAUAGAUAUUGUAGAUGAAGGAUAGUUGAUACUGCAUUUUAUCCAAAUAACUUCUCCCACUCUCUUUGCUUCAGAUUCAUUUCAAUGGCGUCCACUCUCUUCUGCACUCCGUCACUAUGUUCUUCUUCCUCUUCUUCUAUGUUUUCCACGCCGCUUAAAUUGUCCUUAAAGCCCAAUGGCUUUUCCAUUGAAACCAAAAACCCCUUUUCUCUUCGCACUUCUCGAACUACAAGACGCUUCAAAAUCACUGCCAUGGCUCCCCCAAAACCUGCUGGUGGCAAGGCAAAGAAAGUUGUUGGAGUGAUAAAAUUAGCUCUUGAAGCCGGAAAGGCGACUCCGGCUCCACCGGUUGGACCGGCUCUUGGUUCAAAGGGUGUUAAUAUUAUGGCUUUUUGUAAAGAUUACAAUGCCAGAACGGCUGAUAAACCUGGUUAUGUUAUUCCCGUUGAAAUCACUGUCUUUGAUGACAAAAGUUUUACUUUCAUAUUGAAAACUCCACCUGCUUCUGUUUUACUGCUUAAGGCUGCUGGAGUGGAAAAGGGUUCGAAAGACCCUAAAGCAGAAAAAGUAGGAAAAGUCACAAUUGAUCAGUUGCGCACAAUUGCUUCUGAGAAGUUGCCGGACUUGAAUUGCUCGACUAUCGAAUCAGCUAUGAGGAUUAUAGCAGGCACUGCAGCAAACAUGGGAAUUGAUGUUGAUCCUCCUAUUCUUGAAGUCAAAAAGAAGGAACUUUUUUUAUGAUUUUUUUCCGAUUUUUCCUCCAAGUGUAAGGAAGUCCUUGCGGUAAUAGAUCACACAGGACAUUUUAUUGUACAAUGUUGUCUUCUAAAUCAGUGAAGAGAAAAUUUGAUUUUAGCUAUUUCGGAUUACGUGAAUGAUAUUUAUAUAAAUUAUCAGUCAUUCAUAUCA